UUGCCAGUGAAGACGCAAAAGUAGUGAGAGUUCAGGCAGCCCAAGGUCGUCUCUUUCCAAGAUCGGUGACUCAACUCAUGAUCCGAGUACCUGAUGUUGGUCAAGUACUAGGAAUCCACAGAGCUGUGCUUAUGUUAAUUUUAAAGGAAAUUCCAAAAGAAAGUUUUCCAACGGAUUUUGAUCCUAUGAUUGUGAAAACUGAAAUCGUAAAUGAGGAAGCAAUACCAGGAGUUUGUUCGAGUUGGAAACGCGAACUAUGUGAUGUAGUUUGUUGUCAGCUCGAAGUAUGGUGGGAGGUGGUGCCUGUCAGAUUUGUUCUUGAACCGUCUGUGUUAAAGCUAAGACAUUCGAGAAGAGUCAAAUCAACGGAUGUUUGUAUAAAAGCGACACAGUUGUAUGGUGUAAGUGGUGUAAAGGCGAACUGGAACGUCAGUGGUGCGAAAACAAUAAAUUUGCAGCCGGGAGAACCUAUCGCAACUCAGUUUAAUUUACAAAUGCAACCGCUACCCAACCACUUUCCCGAUACAGAUGUGAUUCAGUUAAAUGCCGAGAGCAAAGAAUGGAAAUGCUCAGCUUUCAUACAGAGAAACUAUGAUACACGUCACCCCUCCUUGCGGCCUGCAUUCAAGUGGUUAGGCCUAGUAUCACCUGGGGCUAAGGUCCAAACUGAAUUAAAAGUGCACAAUGAUACCCAUCAACAUAUUUGUUGGUGGACAACGUGUAUUCGAUGGUGGGGCGAGCGCCGUGUAGCAAACGUAUGCGCUGGGCGCGAACCAUGCCCACAGUGCUACGAGCGUAGCUGUUCCUGCGCAAUGUUAAGUCCUACGAGAGGAGCGCUUGCGCAUGACCAAUCUGUUGUGCUCAAAUAUAGCGUUAUUGCACCUGAUACAGAUGGAGUGGUUGCCACGCUGGUACAAGUCCACCGAACAUCUGGUGACGUGUGUAUGGUACACACUGUUGCGGGAACAGAGGCAAGGGCCACUCUACUCGCCUAUAGAGUUCUCGCACCACGUGUAGUUAUGCGAGUCAUGCCGUGUCUUGGUGACAAACAUGGACAUUGUAAAGUAUGUUCAUUAGACGCUGAUUGUCGAAAAGGCUGCGCUGUGUUAAGGCCCAGUUUUGCCCUAACUGUUGGGUUUAGAAGCUGUUACCGAAUUAAAUGUAGCAACUUAACUCCUCUACCCACUACUGUCAAAUGGCAGAAGCCAAUUGAUGGAGAAGAUACUCUGAGAGUGAUAUUCAUUCCCAACGACUUUGAUCUACAACCUCAUAGUUCUAUAAACAUACAAGUGCGUUGAAAAGAAAACACAGUUUUAUUUCAUGUUUAUUUACUCGAAGAUUUAUUAUCACUAACACACAAAAUAAUUUACGGGAAGUGCGAGGAUUCAAAGUGUGAUAAACAAGCGUGUUUUAAC